UGUUUUGGGAACCUUCGCAACGGAUCCACCGGUAGCAAUGGAGAUCGUAAAUCACAGCAGCUAGCCAGCGAGCUGACUACUCUUAGUUGAAUACAAAGCGAUUAGAUAUGAUCUAGCUUAGAUAGCAAAUGUGUGAUGUUUGCAUAUUGCGAUUAGCUGUAUCCAUCAGUUUUGACAACUUGAUACAGUAGCUACAGUAGUGUACUCUAAAAUAGUAGUAGCUAGAUAGGCUACAGUAGCUGACUAGCUAGCACCAGUAGUACUCACUGCAGUAUCUUGCUAAUCUGGUCGAGGUUACCUAGCCAGAGAGCUGGCUGGCUUGUUAUUAGCCGCCACUGAGACCGUUAAUUUACAGCUAUCUUGUAAAUCCAGAAAGAAAAUCCUUGUUUGGGUUCUUUGUACGCAGAAUGAGUGUCGAACCAGCGUUCAAGAAUGCCAGCAGGUGAGAGUGAAGCCCGGGCGAAGACCAGGGCCAGGUUUGAUGAGGUAUUUAAGAAAUACACUGACCUACCGUCCGAGAGGAAAAAGGUGAAGAAAAGGAACCCUCAGCCUCCAGAGAGCAUCGUGCUCCAAACCUUGAGAAAAGACCUUGACCUUGAGAAAGACACAGAGGACAAUGAGACCAUCCUCCAGAAUACGUACCACCCUGACCAGGGGAGCGCACGCUUCACCAAGAACAAGCGCAGGGAGAGGGAGGUGGUGGAGAAGGUCAACCUGAACAACAACGGGAACCAGGAGGAUGCUCAGCCUCCCAAGGGCAAGAGGAAGAGCCGAAGAGAGCUUCCUCCACUCCCUCGGUCCCCUGAAGACACCUCCAGUCACAUCAUCCGCAUAGACCAGGACGACCUUGCUACGAACGCCAAGGGCUCCGAGGCCAAGCCUUGUGUGGAGGCCGACGAUGUGGAAAAGGGACCGAAGAGGAAGAGCAAUAAAGGGAGAAGGAAAGCGGAUGAGGAAGUCGCCGCGGAGAGCCGGGAGGUGGAGGCAGCGGAUGAGCUGAUCCAGGAGUACCAGCAGCAGAUAGCGCAGGAGGAGGAGAGGGCCGUGGGGAAAAGCAGGAAGUCCAUCCCGGCCUCUCAGGGAGUGGCGCUGAACAACGAAGUCGGGAAGAAGAAGAAGAAGAAACUGAGGCCGUUGGAUACCGAGAGGGACGCGAGUGCGGCGUCAGAUUUGCAGCAUAGCCAGGCGGACGAGGCAACAGAGCUGAGGACCUCUGUGGAAAAGACCUCCAACACCAGGAGCCAAGAUGAAGACAGGGAGACAAACCCCAAAGCUGACUCAAUACUGACACAAUCCAAAGGGAAAAAGAAGAAGAAGAAAAAGCAAGUGGUGAGAGAAGAAAGCGAUACAGAGGUUGAAGUACCCAGAGGCUCUGCCUUUGAUGACAGCUUGGUACUGGGCAUCUACAUCCACCGUGCAGACAGGCUGAAGACCUCCCUGCUGGUGUCACACCCAAUGGUUAAGAUCCACGUCAUCGAUGAGAUCACUGGACAGUAUGUGAAAAAGGAAGACAGUCAUCGUCCGGUCUCCUCAUUCUAUGAGCAGGAAAACGUAGACCAUAUUCUUCCUAUCAUGACCCAGCCCUUUGACUUCAAGAAGAACAAGUCGACUAUUCCAGAAUGGGAGGAGCAGAUCGUCUUCAACGAACGCUUUGGCUAUUUCCUUCAGAAUGAUGACGAAAGCCCUAGAGUUAUGCUGUUCUUCGAGGUCCUGGACUUCUUGACCAUGGAGGAAGCCAGAGCCAAUGUUGAUGUUGACAAACAUGAACAGGGAUUUAGAAAAAUUGCAUGGGCUUUUCUAAAGCUCGUGGGUACCAACGGGGUCCUGAACAUCGACAGCAAACUGCGCCUCCAGCUCUACUGCCCCCCUCCCCGGGCUAGAAGACAGCCCCAGACCAUCGAGGUGGUGGACUGGUGGAGAAGAUAUCCCCGAAACAGAUAUGCCUCCACCCUGUACAUCACCGCAAAGGGCCUCAAACUCCCUGAUCACGUGGACCCCAGUAUCCGCUCCAUGAUGGCCCUGCAGCAGGAGCGAGGGAGCACCUCCUUCAGCGAGCUCCAGAGCGAGGUCACCAGGAGAACCACCACCCAGAUGAUGGACAGCAAACCAGCUCAGCUGAAAUGGAGCCGGGUGCCUGGCCAGGCCUGCCGCAUCCCUAACAAGCCCUUGCUGGCGUUCAGAGGAGGCCAGAUGGGCUGCUUGACCGUCCGCUUCUCUCAUGACGGGAGAGCGCUGGCGGCUGCCUGCGCUGACCGAGAUGCCUUCCCCGUAGUCGUGUACGAGAUUCCCUCAGGCAAAGUGCUGGCCGCCUUCAGUGGCCACCUAAGUAUUGUGUACGAUCUCUGCUGGUCCAGAGACGACCACAGUCUGCUGUCAGCCUCCUCAGAUGGCACUGUAAGAAUGUGGGACGUGGAGAGGCUCCAGGGCAUCGCCCGGAAGGUUCUCCCUCACCCCUCGUUCGUGUACUGCGCCCAGUACCACCCCACGGCCCAGCAUCUUGUGGUAACCGGGGGUUACGACUUCCUGGUGCGGGUGUGGGGAGUGAACGUCCGGGACGUCAAUGGCGUGCUGCUCCAGGAAUUUGAGGGUCACAAGAGCUUUAUCAAUGCUCUCUGCUUCGACUCUGAAGGAACCAGGAUGUUCUCCGCCGACAACGCGGGUCACAUCAUCGUCUGGAGGACGACGGUGGCUGACUCCUCCCACCAGCGCCCCUGCCGACACUGGCUCGUCGAGAAGGAGAUUGGAGAGAGUGACCUCGGUGGGAUUCCCAUCAACACGUUACAGGUCCACCCCAACGGACGGCGCCUGCUCAUCCACGCCAAGGACAGCGUUGUCAGGGUCAUGGAUUUGAGAGUGCUUGCUGUGAAGAAGUACAGUGGAGCCACCAACUACAGAGAGAGGAUCCACAGCACCUUCACGCCCUGCGGCAACUUCAUCUUCUCAGGCAGCGAGGACGGCAUGGCCUACGUGUGGAACGCAGAGACCGGCGACCAGGUGGCGGUGUACUCGGAGCUGUCUUACCCGACGGCGCUCCGCGGUGUGGCGUUCCACCCUCAAGAGAACAUGGUGGCCUUUUGCGCCUUCGGUCAGAGCCAGCCGGUGCACGUCUACGUCUACGACCGCAAAGUGGCCCAGAUGGAGGUAGAGAACCUGCAGGUCCAGAGCAGGGUGGGUUCUGCUGGGCCUGGCAGACCCUCCCUGGAGCACGCCGCCCCCCCGGACGCCACCGCCAUGGAGAGCUUCGCCAGUUCGGCCCGCCUGGACCUCAAGAUGCAGCGCGUCAGGGAGAAGCUUGACUCGGUUCUCGAGCCACAUAUAAACACCUCCUCCAUGGGAUAUGUAUCAGAACAAGACAGAAUGGGAUGGUCUCAGAGGGGGCGGAGCCUGGUGUCUGACUCAGUGGGUCUGAACACCUCCCUGCCGCCCCCCUCCCUCCUGUCUCCUCACUCCAAGCUGCAGUUGUCGGACUCCCUGAGGGGGCAGCUCAUCCACAAUCGAGGGUUCAGUCCGGUGGGCCCGCGUCACAGAGAGACCCGCUCUCUCAAGCGGCAGUCGAGUCUCUCUGAUCAAACAGGUCCCAUCGUACCAGCCCAGCACACGGUCGUCUCUCUCUAUGACUACACUGCGAACCGGUCGGACGAGUUGACUGUGCUUCGUGGUGAUGUCAUCCACGUGCUCUACAAGGACAACGAUAACUGGUGGUUCGGUCGUCUAGCCAAUGGACAGCAGGGAUAUUUUCCAGCUACCUAUGUGGCAGAGGAAGGAGACGUCAACGAGGACGUGUCCCAGACCCUGGAGGCCCAGUCGGCUCUGUCCGAACGCACAGAGCUUUCAGCAGAGAGGUCAACACCCACCAAGGUUUCGGCUAUCAUCAGUGCCUCCGGGGAACUCAAGUUCAUCUCUGAGCAGGACACAGAUCCAGAGUUACCCGUUCCCAAAACCAGGAAGAAGAAGAAGAAGGCGAGGAAGCUGGAGGUCCAGUCCCAGGCCACCUCCUCCGACCCGGAGGCUGCAGGAACAGCAUCAACCAGGGGGACAGCCAGGCCCCUCCCCAGGAGACCAGGACCCUCUACAGGACAGGCCAACAGCGCCUUUGAGCCUGACCCCUAGAACCCAUUACCACAGAACAGAUUCUCUUUAUGCACCAGGAGUGUCGUGUUUUUUUUAAAUGUCCAUAUUUGACAAAUCUAAGAAAAAGUCAAGAAAGUAUAGUUUUUAAAAAUGUUUUGAUACAUUCAUGUUUGUAUUUAUUGCAGUGAACAUAUCUAAAAUUCUCAUAAGCAGUGUUUUUUAACCAGACAUUUAUGUAAUGCUAUAGAGCUAUUUUCUUAGCCUGUCAGAGAUUAAGAAAGUUUGUAACCCUUUUGCAGUAGCAUGGAGCAUUUAAUAAUAGUUGCCAGGUGGGUUUUGUUGUCUAUUUGUAUCCCAUUUUUUUCUUAAUCAAAUGUGGAUUACUGCAUCUGGGUGGUUUAUUUUGUAACCAUGUUCAAUACAUUUCUUGGCACUCUUAAGACA